AUGGCUGAUGUUCCGACAUUGAGAAUAACGCUCCUCGGGGCAGGUCAGGAAGUCGGUCGCUCAUGCUGUGUCAUUCAAUACCGUGGCAGAACGAUCGUAUGUGAUGCGGGCGUCCACCCGGCAUACAGUGGUAUCGCAUCCUUGCCCUUCGUAGAUGAGCUGGACUGGAGUACAGUGGAUGUCUUGCUGAUUACACAUUUUCAUCUCGACCAUGCAGCGGCGCUCACGUACAUCACGGAGAAGACAAACUUUCGAGAUGGAAAGGGUAAAGUAUACAUGACACACCCCACCAAGGCGCUGCACAAAUUCAUGAUGCAAGACUUCGUACGGAUGAGCUCGUCGACAUCUGAUGCUUUGUUCUCACCACUUGACCUAUCAAUGUCCUUAUCUUCCAUCAUUCCUGUGUCCGCCCAUCAAGUUAUUACUCCUUGUCCUGGCGUCACGUUCACCCCAUACCAUGCAGGCCAUGUCCUAGGCGCUUGUAUGUUCCUCAUUGACAUAGCGGGCCUCAAGAUUCUAUAUACUGGCGACUACUCUCGCGAAGAAGAUCGUCAUCUGGUUAAGGCUGAAGUGCCGCCCAUUCGGCCUGACGUGCUCAUUGUGGAGAGCACAUACGGUGUGCAGACGCUCGAAGGCAGAGAAGAGAAGGAGCUGAGGUUUACCAACCUCGUUCACUCGAUCAUACGACGAGGCGGUCAUGUACUUCUACCUACAUUUGCUCUUGGGCGUGCACAGGAACUACUCCUGAUUUUGGACGAGUACUGGAAGAAGCACCCGGAUCUUCAAAACGUCCCUGUCUACUACGCUUCCAGUCUCGCUCGGAAAUCAAUGGCGGUGUACCAAACAUACAUCCAUACGAUGAAUGCCAAUGUGCGCUCAAGAUUCGCUAAGCGAGACAAUCCAUUCGUCUUCAAGCAUAUCUCGAACGUCCCUCAGACUCGCGGUUGGGAGCGCAAAAUUGCUGAAGGACCCCCAUGCGUCGUCCUGGCAAGUCCUGGCUUCAUGACGGUAGGCCCUAGCCGAGAGCUGCUGGAGCUGUGGGCACCGGAUUCGCGGAACGGCGUCAUCAUUACAGGUUAUUCGAUCGAGGGUACUUUGGCGCGGGACAUACAAAGCGAACCGGAGGAGAUUAUCUCCCUCAAGGGUGCGACGAUCCCCCGCAAGCUCUCUGUCGACGAAGUCUCCUUCAGUGCCCAUGUCGACUACUCGCAGAACUCGGAAUUCAUCGAGAUGGUGAAGGCUCAGCACAUCGUCUUAGUACAUGGCGAGCAGACCGCGAUGGGCCGUCUGCGAGCGGCCAUGCAAAACAGGUACAAGAGCCGCGACGAAGACGUGAAGAUCCACACACCCCGGAACCUCGAGACGCUUGAGCUCACCUUCCGUGGUGAGCGCGUCGCAAAGGCGAUCGGCGCCCUCGCAGCGAAGCCGCCACAGGCGAACGAUAUUCUCUCGGGUCUGCUCGUCUCGAAGGACUACUCGUACACGCUCCUGGACCCGCGGGACCUUCGCGACUUUGCGGGCCUGACGACCUGUGUGGUCACGCAGCGCCAGAGAAUGGUGCUCGGCGUCGGCUGGGACCUUGUGCGGUGGCAUCUGGAGGGCAUGUUCGGCAAGGUCGAGGAAGGGUUUGAUAAAGAUGGCGUGCCUACCAUCCGGGUCAUGGGUGCGGUUGACGUGAAGCAGACGCAGGAGCACGAGCUCUUGUUAGAAUGGGAUUCGAGCGCGAGCAACGACAUGAUCGCCGAUGCGACGCUCGCGCUCAUCACAGGGAUCGACCAGAGCCCCGCCUCCGUAAAACUGACAACGCACCCCCAUACCCACGCGCACGCGCCAGAGCACCCGCACCCGCAUGCAGACGUCGAGGACGAUGGCGCGGCGGUGACGCGCAUCCAGCGCCUCGCGAUGUUCCUCGAGGCUCACUUUGGCGAGGUCGAGCUGCACAUGCCGGAGGAGACGGACGAGCCCGAGCAGGGCGAGGACAGCCACGAACCGUCGCUCCUCGUGCGGCUUGACGAGGCCGACGCGAUUAUCAACCUUGUAUCCAUGACGGUGACGAGCGCAAACGACGCGCUUCGCAAGCGCGUAGAGUCGGUGCUUGAUAUGGCCGUGUCGACCAUCGCGUCGCUCAGCGAGGCGUUCACGUCGGGCGUGCCUCUCCUCAGCGAGGAGGCCGCGGCGGCGGAGGCAGUGAAGCAGACGCACAGCGCGUCGCCCGCGGUGCCCGGCUCCGAUCGCCAAUCCGAACCCAUAUUCGAAUCCGGUCCCGCAGCUGCCGCCCCGUUGGAAGAAAGCAGGCCCGUUGCCAUCGCCACGGAGGUGCAGGAGCACGCUGCUGAGGCACUUCGGAAGGCGGAGAACGCCGAGGGCACUGGGACCCCGGAGGGCGUGAGCGCGCAGGCCGAAGGGCAUCCUGGGAAUCAAGACGGUGAACAGCACCUUCAGGACGGAGAUAGGCCGGGACAUGAGGGCGGAGACGAGGAGAGCGAUUCGGGGUCGGACGACGACGCCAUCUUGCAGGUGCACGACUGA